UUCACGAUCAAUUGACAGCGUUGCCAUUUACAAAAAUUGAGCACAUGUUAGUAAACAGUCUGGCAACGCUUAGCAUGUGUCGUGGUUUGUUUACAAAAUGGUGCGCAUUAAAAAUCGUUAUAUUGCCGUGCAAAUUGUGCCACAAACGCCGAUGCAAACGCUGCGUUUGAACGAUUACACGUUGUCCAAGUGUCUGCUGCAAAAUGUGGAGAAAUUUUACGGAGUUUAUGGACUGGGACUCUUGGAGCACGGUUUUCGUGUGAAAUACUGCAAUGAGCGUACAAAGAUUGCAGUCAUACGUUGCCUGCAUCGCGGACAACGAUAUGUAUCUAGCAUAUUGCCACUGAUAACACUGAUUGGUGAUGUGCGCGCCAAAUUUCGCACUCUUUAUGUGGGUGCCACCGUGAUACAGUGCAACAAGUUUAUUAUCAAACACCAGCGACAGUUUCUGGAUCGCAUGAUGGGACAAACGGAAUCGGCCAAGGAGCGACAGGAUCUCUUCAAGUGCGUCAUGGAGCUUGACAUGGAUAGAUAACAGUUUAAUACGAUUGAUAACAAAUAAAACUAUAUAUAUCGAUACAUAUUUUUAACUGUAAGUAAAUAAAUAAAAAUAUUAAUAUUUUGUUA